UUUUUUCUAAAUAAUACAAAAUUUAUUUCUUGUUUUAUUAAGCUUAUUAGUGUUUAUCCAGCUGUAUCAAAACAAAUUCGAGAUUAUUAUAAAAAUCAAAUGAAACCACAUAAACAUGGUGAUGAUGAUGAUCAUGAACAUCAUCAUUGUUGUGGUUUUAUGGCACUUGAACAAGGUCUUGGUCAUGAAGAUCUCGAUAAAAUAAUGCGAAAUCCACAACCACUUAAUUUUACAUUUGAAAUGCUCCAAGUUUUACGACCAGGUGAAUUUGAAAAAGAUACAUAUUUAUUGAAUGAUGAAGAAAAGACACGUCAAAUACCUGAAUUAAAAUUAGCCGGAAAUAAUUUAUAUAAUGCUGCAAAAUAUGACGAAGCUGCUGGUAAAUAUGGACAAGCGCUACAAUUUUUUGAAGAACUUAUGCUCAAAGAAAAACCCAAUGAUGUUGAAUGGCGUGAAUUAGAUCUUCAACGUCGUCCAUUGUUAUUAAAUUUUGUUCAAUGUCAAUUAAAAUUAGGUGAUUUUUAUUCCGCUAUCGAACAUUCCACAACCGUACUUGAUAGUGAUCCAUCGAAUACUAAAGCUCGAUAUCGUCGUGCUAAAGCUCAUGUUAGUGUAUGGAAUGUCGAAGAAGCUAAAAAAGAUUAUAAUUAUCUUCUUUCCAAUAUAAAAGAUGAUGAUAAUCUUCGUAUAUUAGUUCAAAAUGAAUUACAACAAUUACUUCAAGCUGAACAUGACAAAUAUAAAGAAGAUAAAUCACGUUUAUCUGGAAAACUUUUUACUUAA